UGGCAGCGGGAACCCUGCAUUCUGCAGCGGCCCUGGGUGCAGCCGAGCGCGAACAUGGCAGGCGCCCGGCUCCUGGCAGCGGUCCUCGUCCUGGGUCUGUGCGCCAUGGCGGGGGCCGGGAAACCUUCCCCCUGCCAGUGCUCCAGGAUGAACCCCGACAGCAGGAAGAACUGCGGCUUCCCGGGCAUCACCAGUGACCAGUGCUUCGCCGCCGGCUGCUGCUUCGACACCACCGUCCCGGGGGUGCCCUGGUGCUUCACCCCCCUCCCCAUGCAAGACAAAGAGGAGUGCGUCAUGGAAGUGUCGGCCCGCGUGAACUGUGGCUACCCGGGCAUCAGCCCCGAGGACUGCGCGUCUCGAAAGUGCUGCUUCUCCGACACCAUCCCUGAAGUGCCCUGGUGCUUCUUCCCAAAGCCCGUGCAAGACUGUCACUAUUAAGAGGCAGUGGCUUCAGAGGACCCGCCGGCUCCUGCAUGUUCUGAAACAACGAGAGGACUCACCAGCUCGUCCGUUUCCUGUUCUGUGUUUCCUGAAUGCCUGGGUUUUCUUCGUCGCUUUUUACCUGGUUCAGUGGGUUCACAUUCAGUGUCUUCAAAUAAAGGAAACCCUUAACAUCUG